AUGAGGACUCCAGCCCUGCUCCUCCUCGUUCUAGUCGCCUUCCAACGCGCCACCGCCACCGACACCGAUUACCCGUUGGGCCCCGAGAAGGUGACCAACCUUCACUUCUUCAUGCACGACACCCUCAGUGGCAAGGACCCGUCGGCCGUCCUCGUCGCGCGCGCCGCCGGUGCCAAUUAUACACCGAGGCCCGACAACCUGUUCCCGUUCAGCUCCGUCUACGUCUUCAACGACGUGCUCACGGAGGGGCGCGAGAGGUCGUCCAGGGUGGUCGGGAACGCGCACGGGACGUACAUCGUGACGGCGAAGAACGAGAAGACGAUCCUCAUGGCCGUGGACUACCAGCUCGCGGACUACCAGAACAGCUCCUUCGCCGUGUUCACGCGGAACCCCGUUGGGGUGGACGGCAGGGAGCUCACCGUCGUGGGGGGCCACGGCGCGUUCCGGAUGGCGCGCGGGUUCGCCAUUCUCCCGUCGCAUUACCUCAACACUGAGAACGGCGACGCGAUCUUAGAAUAUAACGUGACUCUCUUCCACCACUGA